AAAGAAUCUCGCGACGACCACCACAAUCAAGCCUCAAACUCCAACACGAGACUGACCCAGAUACCGAGGGCUCAGUCAAAAUUCAAACCGAGUUCCCGACCCUCAAUUAUAUGCAACCAGAGCCCACCGAAGCAUCAACAGACAUCCAUCCCCAAAUCAACGCCUCGGAACUCUCCAACACCUCCCAUCAUGGCUUUCUCCCUGCCCAUCUGCAUCCCGCAGACAUACGCGACCCUCUCGAAGAGGAACGCGUCGAGUCACCAGAUCCAGGCCACCCAGCAGGCGUUGCGGAGUCGGUAUCUCGCGAGGACACGAGUCUGCCAGCGGAAUUUCGACGAUUGAGACUGGACCAAGGCGUCGAGAACAAACCAAAGGCAUCAUUUCAACGAAUUUCUGAGUACGAGAAUGCUUUGUCUCCAUCUUCACCGAGGAAGCAGAGUGAAGGCCCUGGUUUCAAAGUAAUCAAACACAAGGGAAAGAACGCGUUCGAUGGCACUGAAUUUGAAAAAUUUCCUAACGAGGUCUUGACCCACAUCCUGUCACACUUGCCCGCUGCUUCGCUCUCCGCAGUCUCCCUUGUUUCCAGAAGAUUUUACAGUUUAGUCACGACGCCUCACGCCUGGCGUACCGCAUUCUCACGAUUCUUCCCUGGUCAGGAUGCCAUUGACGCACUGAUACUUCCGAAUCGUCGCGGAUCUGAUCAAGAAGAUCGUGAGCAACUUCGAUCCGAACGACGGCUCUUCACGAGAUUGAUCGGAUUGGCAUCCUGGCGCAGCGAAUACAUCCUCCGGACUAGACUCUUGCGAAGCUUGGCUCGAGGAAAGCCUGCCCAGAUUGCUCCAGGCCAUGGGGCUUCUUCUCGUUCAAACAGUGCUGCCAAUAAUUCCAAUGCAGUUGUCACUUACAGUUCACAGCUAUUCGCCACUGUCAAUCACAUCCAUGCUGUCUUCAGCAAUGGCAAGAAAUCUCCACGAUUCAUUCACGGUACCGAUGAGACUGGGACGGCUUGUACCAGCGAUCCGAAUAUUGGCAGAAUCGAUAGCUGGGGGCUCUCGGACCCACAGGCACUCCCUCAAUUUGCGGACCUCUUCGUUAGCGAUCAGCAAUAUGGAGCUGGUGAUGGACCAGCCGGCCUGCCGAACUCAAUGGAUCUCAGCCAGCCUUUUGGCAUGAUUUACGGUGAAGGGUUUCCUGGAGGGCAAUCUUACUUUAGAUCUUCAGAUGAGAUGCGUGGGCGCUUUUUGAGCCAGCCUCCCGUGGAUCUGGUGGCUUAUGACGCCGGUAUCCCCAAAAUCCCAGCACUCACCGAGGCUGUCUCUGCAGUGUGGAUUGCGAAAUCGGGUCCAGUUCUUCACGCGACCGAUGGUCUCAUUGGUAUGCUGACUGGCUCCACAUUGGGUAUUAUAACCGCCCAUUCUUUAGGCGCCGAUACUCUCAAUGGCCGUCGAAUUGGACGUGGUCAAUUGACCGCGAAAUGGGUCCUCAGCCCCGGGGUUCCCAUUGUCGCUAUCAAAGUUGACGAUUCCUAUGAUUCGAAGCGAAAAGUGGCCGGCAGGAUUUGGGCAGUCGCACUGAACGCACUCGGCGAAGUGUAUUAUCUUACGGAGACCCCUUCGUCCGGCUUAAUUGAUGGCAGACAUGUAGACAAUGAGACUGGCCGACAUGCUUGGAGUGCUGGUCGUACCGCGUAUUGGAACCUGGUUGAGUCAUCUCGUCGUGUUGCGAAGGAUGAUCCCUAUCAAGAAGCCGAAAUCCAUGGAAGCUACUCCCCGAGAUCCUCUUCAAAGAAGACCAAUCUAUCCCGAACCCAGAUUAUAGCUGAGACGAUGGAGAUUGAGAAGUUCCUUGGAUAUCGACCAGCUCAUUUUCAAAAGUUUUGUGAAGGUUGGGACAUGCGGAGAAGGCUAGAAGUUGACUUUGCAGGUGAUGAUGGCAAUGGAGUCGGGGAAGGUAUUUUCGUCAUCAAGUGCGGAAUCGAAGAGGAGCAGGCAGAGAUAAGAAGAUUCACGCGUUGGAAGUCUGAGCAAGCUUCUCUGGAGGAGUAUCCUCUCCCGAAGACACCUCCAUUGGCACCACGCGCAACUACAAUGGCCUCUCUCUUCGGAGGAGGCACUGUGAUCAGUCCUCCCCGGAACGCCUCGCCAGAAAGAACCCAGAGAAGUUCUCUGUUCGGCGGAAGCACGGUAACAAGCCCAGCAAGAAAGUCAUCCCAUGAUCGAUCGCCGAGUACACCCAGCAGUCCGGCCUUCAAGACGGUAUCCACAACUCUUGUCGAAGAAUGGCGAUCUUCAAUCUUGUCUUUGAAGGAUCAUCCGAGCGAGGAGAUAACGACAAGUGCAAUCGACAUGUCCAUUUAUGCUACGUUGACGAUUGCAGAAGACCCUCUGAGCACAGUAAAUGGCGAGUCGAACUUCUCGUCGCCCUUUACUACUCCUUCUGAUCAAGAUACUGUGUCCGGCUCUCACAUUCCAGGCCACAGAGCUCGCUUCCUUGCUGUCGGGACUAAGACAGGGGUCGUCAUCAUGUGGAACAUGAGAGGCCCUCAGUCUCCGAAUGCUGCUUUGGUGAACGAGUUGCACCCGCUGCGCACUAUUUACACGGAUUCUCCACAGAUAUCUUGUCUUGCGGUAUCUGCCCUGUAUAUUGUACAUGGUGGUAAUGAUGGACUUGUCCAAACCUGGGACCCUCUGGCGUCGAAUCUUCAACCCAUCAGAACAUUGAACUCGCGGUUCUCAUCCCGAGCUCGACGUAGGCUGGUACAAGCUGAGGCCUCGAUCCAGGGGGUAGGUAUCAACCUCUACGCUGCUGGAGCAAUCAUGAUCGAUCCGGAUCCAACAGUACUUCGUGGCAUGGUCUCGCUUGGAACACAUCUACGCUUUUGGUCAUACAGCUCGUCUUCUGCUGAUCAAUAUCAGAGCAAGAAGCGCCGUCUACGUCGAUCAGGAGAGCGUGGAAGCAACGGCGGUCCUGAUCGAUUUACUAAUACUGGUCGAGGAGCUUUGAUGGAUUAUAUCGCGACCGAACAGGAAGAACUCAAGAAGGAGAAAUUGCGCAGAUCAAGAGAAGAAGCUAGAUUGCGAGGUCGAUUUGGCGUUGGCUUGGGCGGACUCAGUGAGGAAGAAGCACUUCGAUAUGCUGAAAUGGUCUCCGCAGAAGCUUUCCAAAAGGACGAGGAGCGACGCAUGAGUGAUACAGGUUAUCUAGCAGAUGCCAACGAGAGCUCUGCUACGCAGAGUGUUUGGACCAGCAGCGCCACUGUAACUCCAGAAGGAAGCGUCAAAGGCACGAUAGGCUCCCCGCCAAAAUACAAGAUGGACGAUGAGUUCGAACAUGAUUUGGAGGAGGCUAUCCGUCUUUCGCUUCUCGAUGGCGUCGACGAAGGCGGAAGGUCCCCGAGAGCUUCUGGGUCUGGCGAGUAUGAGAUCCCAAUCACGUACAAGCAGAAGAAGAGUCGUCGUUCAGCGUCAUCCUCGCCAUCGACUAGUCAGGCUUCGAAAAAUCGAGUAAAGACCAAGGGAUCUGGGAGCAAGAAGACCGAACCUAUUGCGGCGGAUGAUCUGGAUUUUGCGUUGCAGUUGAGCUUGGCUGAGGCCAAGAGUCAUGCCGAGAACGAGAGCCCCGUUGAGGAGCAGCAGGUUGACGAGUUUCCGAUCUUGGAGGUCCCUGAGGUUGCUGGCAAGGGCAAGGGGCGAGCGAGUUGAUUUUUUGGUGUGGUUCGAGUAUUUAAUUGCGCUUUUAAGACGCUGGGCUUGCAUUUCUUCUUUUCUUGGCCCUUUCAGGUUUGUGCGGGCCUGCUGCGUUUAGUCAAAUUCUACAGCUUCAUUUUUCGACUCUGCGAACUGUAUUUGAAUCGAAGUGUGAUUUGAUUGAUUCUCACAGUUCGACUCUGAGCUGUGCCGCGUCCUAACUGCACCGUGGAAAGCCUCCCACGUCACAGGAGCGGUGUAUUAGGAAUCCAAUUCGACUCAC